AUGCCUUCAUUUAUCCGUCACGGUCCGACCAUUCCAAGACGAACUGAUAUCUGCCCUCCUGACUCCACUUCUCCUUCCUACACCCCUGGUGGAGAUGGAAUUGUAUCCAGGAACCAGAGCUUCCUCCGGACUCCGGUGCAGAGACCUCCACACGAAAUCCUGAGACGGGAGAGCAACAGACUGUCUGCACCUUCCUACCUGGCCAGGAGUUUGGCUGAUGUCCCAAGGGAAUAUGGCUCUUCCUCCCAGUCCUUCCUGACAGAGGGCAAUUCCGGGCUGGAAAAUGGAGACACCAGUGCCAGGUGUUACUACUACGAUCACUUCUACGACGCCCAGCGGAGGCGUCAGGCGAGCGACCGCGCGCACGAGGACUACAGGUAUUACGAGCACAGCAGUGAUCUCUUCCAGAGGAUGUCCCAGAAUCAUGGGAGGCACACUUCAGGCAUUGGGAGAGUUGCUGCUACAUCCCUAGGAAACUUAACAAAUCACAGUUGUGAGGAUUUACCUCUCCCUCCUGGCUGGACAGUGGACUGGACUAUGCGAGGAAGGAAGUACUACAUAGACCACAACACUAACACAACUCACUGGAGUCAUCCCCUGGAGAGGGAAGGGCUCCCCCCGGGCUGGGAGCGAGUGGAGUCCGUGGAAUUUGGGGUGUACUACGUGGAUCACAUCAAUAAGAGAGCUCAGUACAAACAUCCCUGUGCUCCUAGCGUUCCCCGUUACGAUCAGCCUCCCCCUGUGUCCUACCAGCCACAGCAAGAGAGGAGCCAACCCCUGCUGGUCCCUGCCAACCCCUACCACACUGCUGAGAUCCCUGACUGGCUUCAGGUCUACGCCAGAGCUCCUGUCAAGUACGACCACAUCCUGAAGUGGGAGCUGUUCCAGCUGGCAGACCUGGACACGUACCAGGGGAUGCUGAAGCUGCUGUUCAUGAAGGAGCUGGAGAGGAUUGUGAAGCUGUACGAGGCCUACAGGCAGGCUCUGCUCUCCGAGCUGGAGCACCGCAAGCAGCGGCUGCAGCGCUACGCACAGCAGCACGGCAAGAACUUCUGA